AUGGCGUUGGAACAGGACACGUUCAACGAGGUGCAGAAGGCAGCGCGGCAGGCGCAGGCGGCCAUCGGAGAGCUGCAGCGGCAAAGCGCAGAACCACGACAGCAGGCGCAGCAGGCUCAGCUGGCAGGAUGCCCUGAGAUCAUCAGGCGGCUCGGCGAGGCGAAGGACAUCGGGAAGCCGCCAGAUUUCAAGAAUGAGAAGGCGCGCUUCAGCGAGUGGUUGCAGAAGCUCAACGGCCACGUGCUUAGCAUCUCCGGGGUCAGCUUCGAGGCGGUCGAUGACGAAAAGAUCGAAUCGGUGGACGAGAAGCUCUCCCAGCUCUAUGCGUUGUUCACGUCGCCCAUGGAGGGCGAGUCUUUCGAUCUCGUAAUGAGCGCUGGCCAAGGCUGCGGUUCAUUGGCCCUGCGACUCCUGGUUCGUCGGCGGGGCCCGACAAGCGGCGGGCGCCGCAGGGUGCUACGCGAGAAGAUCAUGGCGCUCAAUCGAGCGGAGAAGCUUGUGAAUCUGGCCGGUGAGAUCGCGGCGUGGGAGGAGUUCAUCGGGCGCCGCGAGAGGCGGCGAGCAGAUGAUCGAGACGUUCGGCUGGACGACGAGAUCAAGAUGAGCGCGUUGGAGAGUUUGCUUCCGCGGGACGUCGAGUUGCAUCUAGCCCUCAACCGCGCCGGGCUAAACGACUGCGCGUCGACGAGGAAGGAGGCGCGCGGCUUCUUGGAGACCCGGCGGGCAUGGGGGGCGCUUGGUCGAGCUCGAGGCUAUCCAGUGGAGAUGGGCGCGUUCGUCAAAGGCCACCCGAAGGGCAAGGGCGGCAAAGGAAAGGGCAGGGAUCACAAAGCUUCAGAGCGCUGGAACCCGAAGCAGGCGAAGCGCAAGCCGAAGGGCAAAGACCGCGCCGAAAAGGGCAGGGGCGGCCACAAUCAACGGCAUGGAGAAGGAGUUCGCACAGACUAUCUGAACAACUCCGAGGAGACGGGCAGCACGACCAGCACGCAGCUACCAGCGCCAGCGUCGCAGGCGGGCCAGAGCGCCAGCUUGAGCUUCGACGCGUUCGCGAGGAUCGCGGAGUUGAACAGCGUGGAGGUGCAACCCGACAACAAGCGCUGCAGGAAGAGCAUCGCGAUGAGGCUCGACAUCGGAGCAGCGGCGACGGCCCUCCCGCUCAGCCAGGAGGGCGAGCGCGCCGACCGGGACUGGACUUCCCACCGCGCGGCCGCGGGCGAGACCGUGGAGGACAAAAGUGGUGUCACCAGUAAGGGCGCGUCCGAGUGCGGCGAGCAGAUGAACCUGCAGGGCAGGCGCGCGAACGCCAGCGAGCCGCCCUUGUCAGCGUCGGCCACGGCGUCGAAGGGCUACGUCACCUGGAUCGGGGCCUUCGGCGGCUACGUGCUCAAGGACAGCGAGUUCACUGAGAAGAUUCACCAGAUGAUUGACAACCGCGCUGCAGGGCGGGUUCUACAAGAUGGACGCGCUGAUGGGCGCGCCUGGGUCGUCUUCUUCGACUGA